GUCCAGUGUGCUGCAUUCAGGCUCCGUGGCUGUCAGACUCUCCGUCCUCUCUUCUUCCUGUGUGUCUGCAGCAGCUUACCGGUGUAUCGCUGUGAUGGAUCGCUGGAGGGGCAGAGUGGCUCUGGUGACCGGAGCCUCGGUGGGGAUCGGGGCGGCCGUAGCCAAAGAGCUGGUCCGCUGCGGGAUGAAGGUGGUGGGCUGCGCCAGGAACGUGGACAAAAUCCAGGAGCUGGCAGCGGAAUGUAAGAAAGCAGGCUACACUGGGGUUUUGGUGCCAAUCAAGUGUGAUUUAACCAAAGAGGACGACAUCCUGGCCAUGUUUGCAACCAUCAAACAGCAGCACAAAGGCGUAGAUGUUUUAAUCAACAAUGCUGGAUUGGCUCAUCCUGACCCGCUGCUGAGCGGCAAAACCAGCGGCUGGAGGAACAUGCUGGAUGUGAACGUUCUGGCCUUGUCCAUCUGUGCACGUGAAGCGUAUCAGUCGAUGAAGGAAAGAAACGUUGAUGACGGCCACAUCAUCAACCUGAACAGCGUGGCAGGACACGUGGUACAUCCUAUUUCUGGUGCACAUUUCUACGCUGGCACCAAGCAUACAGUGACCGCCCUGACCGAGGGCCUGAGGCAGGAGCUGCAUGAAGCCAAGAGCCACAUCCGAGCCACCAGUAUUUCUCCUGGUUUCGUGGAGACUGAAUUUGCUGACCGAUACUUACAAGACAAAAACCUAGCCCAACAGAUGCUCUCUCAACAAAAGAAUCUGACUGCAGGGGACAUUGCAGAAACUGUUGUGUACGUCCUUGGUGCUCCUCCACAUGUGCAGCUUUUUUUUUUCAGAUCGGAGAACUCCUGAUCCGUCCUGUGGAGCAGCAGAUGUAAUGAUGCCCUGUGUGGCAGCCAACACACACUCCACCUGAUUUCUUCACUACAGUCACAAAACAAAUGGUUUUCCACUCAAGCAUACAAUAAAACAUCGUCUGAUUUAACAUGAAA